CGCUUUUUUUUUUUGGGGGAAGGGUGGCCACUCCGACCUGGAUUUACCGUUCUUGGCCCCCCUAAGCCCCCCCGAGUGGGGGGCGGCAGUGAUCGCUCUGGCGGUUGGAGGUCGGGGAGCGGCCCGGGCUCUGGCCAUGUUCUCGGAUGAAGAUUUCUGGAUCGCCUUGUGAAGAGGUCUCCCCGAGAGGGCCCUGCCCAGUCGGAGAGAGGGAUGGACAGGCAGACGCCGCCUGGUGAAGAUAAAGAGUCAGAACCGGCAGCUGAUGGGACUGCAGCCUCUGAGGAGCCAGGUGCCACUGAGCCAGACCUUCCCGUCCUGUGUGUCGGGGAGGUCUCUGUCCCCAGUUCCGGGAGUUCCAGGCUUCAGAAGCCUCCUCAUGACUGCCGUGGGGGUCCAGCACGGCGGCGGUGUGCUCUCUGUAACUGCGGGGAGCCCAGUCUGCACGGUCAGAGGGAACUACAACGCUUUGAAUUACCAUUUGACUGGCCCCGGUCUCCAGUGGCAUCCUCUGGGGGAACCCUGGGUCCCUGUGACGCUGGGCUGCCCAGUGAGGACCUAGCACAAAUUGGUUUCCCUGAGGGCCUUACACCUGCCCACCUAGGAGAACCUGGAGGGCACUGCUGGGCGCAUCACUGGUGUGCUGCAUGGUCAGCAGGCGUAUGGGGGCAGGAGGGCCCAGAACUAUGUGGUGUGGACAAGGCCAUCUUCUCAGGGAUCUCACAGCGCUGCUCCCACUGCACCAGGUUUGGAGCCUCCAUCCCUUGCCGCUCACCUGGAUGUUCACGGCUUUACCACUUUCCCUGCGCGGCAGCCAGUGGUUCCUUCCUAUCCAUGAGAACACUGCAGCUGCUCUGCCCAGACCACAGCGAGAGGGCUGCACAUUUGGAGGAGGCUCGCUGUGCGGUGUGUGAGGGGCCGGGCGAGCUGUGCGACUUGUUCUUCUGCACCAGCUGUGGACAUCACUAUCAUGGAGCCUGUCUGGACACUGCACUGACUGACCGCAAGCGUGCUGGCUGGCAGUGCCCUGAAUGCAAAGUGUGCCAAGCCUGCAGGAAACCUGGGAAUGAUUCUAAAAUGUUGGUCUGUGAGACGUGCGACAAAGGAUGUCAUACCUUCUGCUUAAAACCACCCAUAGAGGAGCUGCCUGCUCACUCAUGGAAGUGCAAGACGUGCCGGGUGUGUCGGGCCUGUGGGGUAGGCUCAGCAGAACUGAAUCCAAACUCUGAGUGGUUCGAGAACUAUUCACUCUGUCAUCGUUGUCACAAAGCCCAGGGAAACCAGCCAGUCGUUUCUGUGGCUGAGCAGCACCCACCUGUCUGUAGCAGACUCUCACCCCCAGAGCCUGGUGAUAUCCCCAUUGAUGGGCCCCAUGCUCUGUACAUUGGAUGCCAAGGGCAUGCAAAGGGUGGGCACGUGACCUCUAUGCAACCCAAGGAACCGGAGCCCCUGCAAUGCGAAGCCAAACCACUAGGGAGAGCAGGGACCCAACUUGAAGCCCAGUUGGAGGCUCCCCUAAAUGAGAUGCCACUGCUGCCCCCGCCUGAGGAGUCACCCCUAUCUCCACCACCUGAGGAGUCACCCACAUCUCCACCACCUGAGGCCUCCCGCCUGUCCCCGCCACCUGAUGAGUCACCUGAAUCCUUGCCACCUGGGGCAUCACAUCUGUCCCCACCGACUGAGGAGUCACCCCUUUCUCCACCACCUGAGGAGUCUCCUCUGUCUCCUCCGCCUGAAUCAUCAACCUUUUCUCCACUGGAGGAGUCGCCCCCAUCUCCUGCACUAGAGACACCCCUGUCCCCACCUCCUGAAGCCGCACCCUUGUCUCCGCCAUUUGAGGAAUCUCCUCUGUCCCCCCCACCAGAGGAACUGCCUUCUUCCCCACCACCGGAAGCAUCUCGCCUAUCUCCACCACCUGAGGAGUCACCGAUGUCCCCUCCACCUGAGGAGUCACCGAUGUCCCCUCCACCUGAGGCGUCACGCCUAUUCCCACCAUUUGAAGACUCUCCUCUAUCCCCUCCACCCGAGGAGUCUCCUCUUUCCCCACCUCCAGAGGCAUCACGCUUGUCCCCACCCCCUGAGGACUCACCCAUGUCUCCCCCACCUGAAGACUCCCCUAUGUCCCCUCCUCCUGAAGUGUCACGCUUCUCGCCUCUGCCUGUCCUGUCACACUUAUCUCCCCUGCCUGAGGUAUCCCGGCUGUCUCCGCCACCUGAGGAAUCUCCUUUGUCCCCGCCACCUGAGGACUCUCCCACGUCCCCACCACCUGAAGCUUCACGAUUAUCCCCGCCACCUGAGGACUCGCCCACCUCACCUCUACCUGAAGCCUCACGAUUGUCCCCUCCCCCUGAAGACUCAGCUGCUUCACCACCACCAGAAGACUCACUCGUGUCUCUGCCGCUGGAGGAGUCACCCUUGUCACCACUGCCUGAGGAGUCGAGACUUUGUCCUCAGCCCGAGGAACCAUACCUGUCUCCUCAGCCUGAGGAGCCUCGACUCUGUCCCCAGCCUGAGGAGCUGCCCCUGUCCCCACAGUCUGAGGAGCCAUGCCUGUCUCCUGUGCUUGCAGAGCCCUGUCUAUCUUCUCAGCCUGAGGAGCUACGCUUGUCCCUCGUGCCUCAGGAACCACACCUGUCCCCUCAGCCUGAGGAACCGCACCUGUCCCCUCAGCCUGAGGAACCGCACCUGUCCCCUCAGCCUGAGGAACCGCACCUGUCUCCUCAAUCUGAGGAGCCUUGCCUGUCCCCCAUGCCUGAGGAGCCAUGCCUGUCACCCCAGCCUGAGGAACUACACCAAUCUCCUCUGCCUGAAGAGGCUCUUGAGGAACCAAGCCAGUGCCCUGCACCUAAGGAGUUGUCCUUGUUUCCCCCAACUGGGGAGCCACCUUUAUCACCCGUGCUUGGGGAGCCAGCCCUGUCUGAGCCUGGAGAACCACCUCUGUCCCCACUUCCUGAGGAGCUGCCCUUGUCCCUGUCAGGGGAGCCUGCCUUGUCACCUCAGUUGAUGCCACCAGAUCCUCUUCCUCCUCCACUCUCACCCAUUAUCCCGGCUGCAGCCCCUCCAGCCUUGUCUCCUUUGGGGGAGUUAGAGUACCCCUUUGGUGCCAAAGGGGACAGUGACCCUGAGUCACCAUUGGCUGCCCCUAUCCUAGAGACACCAAUCAGCCCCCCACCAGAAGCUAACUGCACUGACCCUGAGCCUGUGCCCCCGAUGAUCCUUCCGCCAUCUCCAGGCUCCCCAAUGGGACCCGCUUCUCCUAUCCUCAUGGAGCCCCUUCCUCCGCCGUGUUCCCCACUCCUCCCGCAUCCCUUCCCUCCUCCAGCCUCUCCCCCUUCCCAGUGCUCACCUCCUGCUCUGCCACUGUCUGUUCCCUCCCCACUGAGUCCCGUGCAUCAGGCAGGGGACAUCUCAGACGAGGCUGAGCUGCAUGAAAUGGAGACCGAGAAAGGGCCAGAACCUGAGUGCCCAGCCUUGGAACCCAGUGCCACCAGUCCUCUGCCAUCCCCUGUGGGGGACCUCUCUUGCCCUGCCGCCAGCCCUGCCCCAGCCCUGGAUGACUUCUCUGGCUUGGGAGAAGAAGACACAGCCCCUCUAGAUGGGACUGAGGCUAACCCUUUACAGUCACAGACUGGACAGACCUCUGGCAGUCUGGCUAGUGAACUUAAAGGUUCUCCUGUGCUCCUGGACCCCGAGGAGCUGACCCCUGUGACCCCUAUGGAGGUCUAUGGCCCAGAAUGCAAGCAAGCAGGGCAGGGCUCACCCUGUGAAGAGCAGGAAGAGCCUGGUGCACCAGUGGCCCCCAUGCCACCCACUCUUAUCAAAUCAGACAUUGUUAAUGAGAUCUCUAACCUGAGCCAGGGCGAUGCCAGUGCCAGUUUUCCUGGUUCAGAGCCCCUGCUGGGCUCUCCUGACCCUGAGGGAGCCGGCUCCUUGUCUAUGGAGCUGGGGGUAUCUACAGACGUUAGUCCAGCCCGCGAUGAGGGCUCCUUGCGCCUCUGUACCGACUCACUGCCAGAGACUGAUGAUUCCCUAUUGUGUGACACUGGGACAACUGUCAGUGGAGGCAAGGCCGAGGGAGAAAAAGGGCGGCGGCGCAGCUCCCCAGCCCGCUCCCGAAUCAAACAGGGUCGUAGCAGUAGUUUCCCAGGAAGACGCCGGCCUCGUGGAGGAGCACAUGGAGGACGAGGGAGAGGACGGGCCCGACUGAAAUCAACCACUUCUUCCAUUGAGACACUGGUAGUGGCUGAUAUUGAUAGUUCUCCUAGCAAGGAGGAGGAAGAAGAAGAUGAUGACACCAUGCAGAACACCGUGGUUCUCUUCUCCAACACAGACAGAUUUGUGCUGAUGCAGGACAUGUGUGUGGUGUGUGGCAGCUUUGGCCGGGGAGCGGAGGGCCACCUCUUGGCCUGUUCCCAGUGUUCCCAGUGCUAUCACCCAUACUGUGUCAACAGCAAGAUCACCAAGGUCAUGCUGCUGAAGGGCUGGCGCUGCGUCGAGUGUAUCGUGUGUGAGGUGUGCGGCCAGGCCUCCGACCCCUCACGCCUGCUGCUCUGUGAUGACUGUGACAUUAGCUACCAUACAUACUGCCUGGACCCUCCACUGCUCACCGUGCCCAAGGGUGGCUGGAAAUGCAAGUGGUGCGUGUCUUGUAUGCAGUGUGGAGCCGCUUCCCCUGGCUUCCACUGUGAAUGGCAGAAUAGUUACACACAUUGUGGGCCCUGUGCCAGCCUGGUGACCUGUCCUAUCUGCCAUGCUCCUUAUGUGGAGGAAGACCUGCUAAUCCAGUGUCGCCACUGUGAACGGUGGAUGCAUGCUGGCUGCGAGAGCCUUUUCACAGAGGAUGAGGUGGAGCAGGCUGCUGACGAGGGCUUCGACUGUGUUUCUUGCCAGCCCUAUGUGGUAAAGCCUGUGGCACCUGUGGCCCCGCCAGAGCUGGUACCUGUGAAGGUGAAAGAACCAGAGCCCCAGUUCUUUCGCUUCGAGGGCGUGUGGCUGACAGAAGCUGGCAUGGCGGUGCUGCGUAACCUGACCAUGUCACCACUGCACAAGCGGCGCCAGCGGCGAGGACGGAUAGGCCUCCCAGGCGAGGCAGGGCUGGAGGGUUCUGAGCCCUCAGAUGCCCUUGGCCCUGGUGACAAGAAGGAUGGGGACCUGGACACUGACGAGCUGCUCAGGGGUGAAGGAGGUGUGGAGCAAAUGGAGUGUGAUAUUAAACUAGAAGGCCCCGCCAGCCCCGAUGUGGAACCUGGCAAAGAAGAGACAGAAGAGAGCAAAAAACGCAAGCGCAAACCCUAUCGGCCGGGCAUUGGUGGUUUCAUGGUACGACAGCGGAAGUCUCAUACACGAGUGAAAAGGGGGCCUGCUGCACAGGCGGAAGUGUUGAGUGGGGAUGGGCAGCCCGACGAGGUGGGGCCAGCUGAUCUGCCUGCGGAGGGCUCUGUGGACCAGAGCCUUGCAGAGGGGGACGAGAAGAAGAAGCAACAGCGACGGGGGCGCAAGAAGAGCAAGCUGGAGGACAUGUUCCCUGCCUACCUACAGGAAGCCUUCUUUGGGAAGGAACUGCUAGACCUGAGUCGGAAAGCCCUGUUUGCACUUGGGGUGGGCCGGCCAGGCUUUGGCCUGGGAGCUCCAAAACCCCGGGGGGAUGGAGGUUCAGAUAAGAAGGAGCUUGCAGCCUUGCACAAAGGAGAUGAUGGUCCAGAUGUUGCGGACGAAGAGUCCCGUGGCCCUGAGGGCAUGGCUGAUGUACCAGGGCUUGAGGAUGGGGGUGUAAAGGCAUCCCCAGUGCCUAGUGACCCUGAGAAGCCGAGCACCCCAGGGGAAGGGGUGCUUAGCUCCGACUUAGACAGGAUCCCCACGGAAGAACUGCCAAAGAUGGAGUCCAAGGACCUGCAGCAACUCUUUAAGGAUGUCCUGGGCACAGAGCGAGAGCAGCAUUUGGGUUGUGGAACUCCUGGCCUGGAAGGCAGCCGUACACCACUGCAGAGGCCUUUUCUCCAAGGUGGACUCCCUUUGGGCAGCCUCCCCUCCAGCAGCCCAAUGGACUCCUACCCAGGCCUCUGCCAGUCCCCCUUCUUGGAUUCUAGGGAGCGCGGGGGCUUCUUCAGCCCAGAACCCGGUGAGCCCGACAGCCCUUGGACAGGCUCAGGGGGCACCACGCCCUCCACUCCCACCACCCCUACCACAGAGGGCGAGGGCGACGGGCUGUCCUAUAACCAGCGGAGUCUGCAGCGUUGGGAGAAGGAUGAGGAACUGGGCCAGCUCUCCACCAUCUCACCUGUACUCUAUGCCAAUAUUAACUUUCCUAAUCUCAAGCAAGAUUACCCAGACUGGUCUAGCCGAUGUAAACAGAUCAUGAAGCUCUGGAGAAAGGUUCCAGCCGCCGACAAAGCCCCCUACCUGCAAAAGGCCAAAGAUAACCGGGCUGCUCACCGCAUCAACAAGGUGCAGAAGCAAGCUGAGAGCCAGAUCAGCAAGCAGGCCAAGGUGGGCGACAUAGCCCGAAAGACUGAUCGACCGGCCCUCCAUCUUCGCAUUCCCUCCCAGCCAGGGGCCCUGGGCAGUCCGCCCCCUGCUGCGGCCCCUACCAUUUUCAUUGGCAGCCCCACCACCCCUGCUGGCUUGUCUACCUCUGCCGACGGGUUCCUGAAGCCACCAGCGGGCACAGUGCCCGGCCCUGACUCACCUGGUGAGCUCUUCCUCAAGCUCCCACCCCAGGUGCCCGCCCAAGUGCCUUCGCAGGACCCUUUUGGACUGGCCCCUGCCUACGCCCCGGAGCCCCGCUUCUCUGCGGCACCACCCACCUAUCCUUACCCAAGUCCCACUGGAGCCCCUACCCAGCCCUCGAUGCUGGGUACCACAACUCGACCUGGGACUGGCCAGCCAGGGGAAUUUCACACUACCCCACCGGGUACCCCCAGACACCAGCCUUCCACGCCUGACCCCUUCCUCAAACCCCGAUGCCCCUCGUUGGACAACCUGGCUGUGCCUGAAAGCCCAGGGGUAGUGGGAGGCAAGGCUUCCGAGCCUCUGCUUUCACCUCCACCUUUUGGGGAGGCUCGGAAGACCCUAGAAGUGAAGAAGGAAGAGCUUAGGGCAUCCUCUCCUGGCUAUGGUCCCCCAAACCUGGCCUGUGUUGACUCACCUUCUUCAGGCCCCCACCUGGGUGGCCUGGAGUUAAAGGCACCUGAUGUCUUCAAAGCCCCCCUAACCCCUCGGGCAUCUCAGGUAGAGCCCCAGAGCCCGGGCCUGGGCUUACGGGCCCAGGAGCCACCCCCUGCCCAGGCUUUGGCCCCUUCUCCUCCCAUCCACUCAGAUGUCUUUCGUCCUGGCCCCUAUCCUGACCCCUAUGCCCAGCCCCCGUUGACACCUCGGCCCCAGCCGCCCCCUACUGAGAGCUGCUGUGUCCUGCCUCCUCGAUCACUGCCCUCUGACCCUUUCUCCAGAGUGCCCGCUAGUCCUCAGUCCCAGUCCAGUUCCCAGUCUCCACUGACGCCACGUCCUCUGUCUGCUGAGGCUUUCUGCCCAUCCCCGGUUACCCCUCGCUUUCAGUCCCCUGAUCCUUAUUCUCGACCACCCUCACGCCCUCAGUCCCGUGACCCCUUUGCUCCAUUGCAUAAACCACCCCGACCCCAGCCCCCUGAAGUUGCCUUUAAGGCUGGGCCCCUAGCCCACACUCCGCUGGGAGCUGGGGGCUUCCCAGCAGCCCUGCCCUCGGGCCCAGCAGGUGAGCUCCAUGCCAAGGUCCCAAGUGGGCAGCCCCCCAGUUUUGCCCGUUCUCCUGGGACAGGCGCAUUUGUGGGCACCCCAUCUCCGAUGCGGUUCACUUUUCCACAGGGGGUAGGGGAGCCUUCCCUAAAGCCCCCUGCCCCUCAGCCUGGUCUCCCUCCACCCCAUGGGAUCAACAGCCAUUUUGGGCCUGGCCCCACCUUGGGCAAGCCUCAAAGCACAAACUACGCAGUAGCCACGGGGAACUUUCACCCAUCAGGCAGCCCCCUGGGGCCCAACAGUGGGCCCACAGGGGAGGGCUAUGGGCUGUCCCCACUACGCCCCGCAUCAGUUCUGCCACCUCCCACACCCGAUGGGUCCCUCCCCUACUUGUCACAUGGAGCCUCACAAAGGCCAGGCAUCACCUCUCCGGUGGAAAAGCGAGAAGACCCAGGAGCUGCAAUGAGUAGUAGCUCUUUGGCAACACCUGAACUCUCAAGUGCCCAGGAUGGAGGCAUGUCUAGCCUCAGCCAGACAGAGCUGGAGAAGCAACGGCAGCGCCAGCGACUACGGGAACUGCUGAUUCGGCAGCAGAUCCAGCGUAACACCCUGCGGCAGGAGAAGGAAACAGCUGCAGCAGCUGCAGGUGCGGUGGGGCCACCCGGCAGCUGGGGUGCUGAACCCAGCAGCCCUGCCUUUGAACAGCUGAAUCGAGGCCAGACCCCUUUCACUGGGUCUCAGGAUAAGAGCAGUAUGGUCGGGUUGCCCUCAAGCAAGCUAGGUGGUCCCAUCCUGGGACCAGGAGCCUUCUCCAGUGAUGACCGGCUCUCCCGGCCACUUCCACCAGCCACACCUUCUUCCAUGGACAUGAACAGCAGACAACUUGUUGGAGGCUCCCAGGCCUUCUAUCAGCGAACACCCUAUCCUGGGUCCCUGCCAUUGCAGCAGCAGCAGCAGCAGCAGCAACAGCAGCAACUGUGGCAGCAACAGCAGCAGCAGGCAACAGCAGCAGCCUCCAUGAGACUUGCCAUGCCUGCUCGCUUCCCAUCAACUCCUGGACCUGAACUUGGCCGCCAAGCACUAGGUUCCUCCUUGGCAGGAAUCCCCACCCGCCUUCCAGGCCCUGCUGAGCCACUGCCUGGUCCAGCUGGUCCUGCUCAGUUCAUUGAGUUACGACACAAUGUACAGAAAGGCCUCGGGCCUGGGGGAUCUCCGUUUCCUGGUCAGGGGGCUCUACAGAGGCCCCGUUUUUACCCAGUAAGUGAGGAAACCCAUCGGCUGGCUCCUGAAGGUCUUCGGGGCCUGGCUGCUUCAGGCCUUCUACCACAGAAACCCUCAGCGCCACCAGCCCCUGAGUUGAACAGCAGCCUUCAUCAGACACCGCAUACCAAGGGUCCUGCCCUACCAGCUGGCUUGGAGCUGGUCAGCCGCCCGCCAUCAAGAACUGAACUCAGUCGUCCUUCUCUGGCCUUGGAGGCUGGGAAGCUGCCAUGUGAGGAUCCUGAGCUGGAUGAUGACUUUGAUGCCCACAAAGCCCUAGAGGAUGAUGAAGAGCUCGCUCACUUGGGCCUGGGUGUGGAUGUGGCCAAGGGGGAUGAUGAACUGGGCACCCUGGAGAACCUGGAGACCAAUGACCCCCACUUGGAUGACCUCCUCAAUGGAGAUGAGUUUGACCUGCUUGCAUACACUGACCCUGAGCUGGAUACUGGGGACAAGAAGGACAUCUUCAAUGAGCACCUAAGGCUGGUGGAGUCUGCAAAUGAGAAGGCUGAGCGAGAAGCCCUGCUGCGCGGGGUGGAACCGGUGUCCCUGGGCCCUGAGGACCGUCCUCUCCCUGCCACAGACAACUCUGAGCCUCCUCGCCUAACAUCCGUGCUCCCUGAGGUGAAGCCCAAAGUGGAGGAGGGAGGGCGCCAUCCUUCUCCUUGCCAGUUCACCAUUAACACCCCCAAGGUGGAGCCAGCACCUCCUGCCACUCCCCUGAGCCUGGGAUUGAAGCCAGGACAGACUGUGAUGGGUAGCCGGGACACUCGAGUAGGCACAGGUCCGUUCCCCAGCGGUGGGCACACAGCUGAGAAGGGCCCCUUUGGGGCCACGGGAGGAACACCAGCUCACUUGCUAAACUCCAGCUCACUAAGUGGCCCCGCUGGAUCCUCCAUUCUGGAAAAGUUUGAGCUGGAGAGUGGGGCCCUAACUUUGCCCAGUGGACACGCAGCCCCCGGGGAUGAGCUGGACAAAAUGGAGAGCUCAUUGGUAGCCAGCGAGCUGCCCCUGCUCAUUGAGGACCUGCUGGAGCAUGAGAAGAAGGAGCUGCAGAAGAAGCAACAGCUUUCAGCGCAGCUGCAGCCUGCCCAGCAGCAGCAGCAGCAGCAGCAGCAGCCGCCGCCACAGCCGCCCCUCCUUCCCACACCUGGCCCUGCCCAGGCCAUGCCUUUGCCUCAUGAGGGUGGGCCCCCACAGCAGCUUGCUAUGGGCCUUGGAAGUACCCGGCAGCCAGCCUUGGGCCAGUCACUGAUGCCCACCCAGCCACCAGCUCAUGCCCUUCAGCAGCGCCUGGUCCCAUCUGUGGCUAUGAUGUCUAACCAAGGGCAUAUGCUAAGCGGGCAGCAAGCGGGGCAGACAGGCUUGGUGCCCCAACAGAGCUCACAGCCAGUGUUAGCACAAAAACCCAUGAAUGCCAUGCCAGCUUCCAUGUGCGUGAAGCCCCAGCAUCUGGCGAUGCAGCAGCAGCAGCUGGCUAACAGUUUCUUCCCUGACACAGACCUGGACAAAUUUGCUGCAGAAGAUAUCAUUGACCCUAUUGCAAAGGCCAAGAUGGUAGCUUUGAAAGGCAUCAAGAAAGUGAUGGCUCAGGGCAGCAUUGGGGUGGCACCUGGUAUGAACAGGCAGCAAGUAUCACUGCUGGCUCAGAGGCUCUCUGGGGGGUCUGGCAAUGAUCUUCAGAACCAUGUGGCACCUGGGAGUGGCCAGGAGCGGAAUGCUAGCGACCCUUCCCAGCCUCGCCCCAACCCACCCACUUUUGCCCAGGGAGUGAUCAAUGAGGCUGACCAGCGGCAGUAUGAGGAGUGGCUGUUCCACACGCAGCAGCUCCUGCAAAUGCAGCUGAAGGUUCUGGAGGAGCAGAUCGGCGUGCACCGCAAGUCUCGGAAGGCUCUGUGUGCCAAGCAGCGCACGGCCAAAAAGGCCGGCCGUGAGUUCCCAGAAGCCGAUGCUGAGAAGCUCAAGCUCGUUACAGAGCAGCAAAGCAAGAUCCAGAAGCAGCUGGACCAGGUCCGGAAACAGCAGAAGGAACACACCAACCUCAUGGCAGAGUAUCGAAACAAGCAGCAGCAACAGCAACAGCAGCAGCAGCAGCAGCAUUCAGCUGCAAUGGCCCUCAGUCCUUCUCAGAAUCCUCGGGUCCUCACGAAGCUCCCUGGCCAGCUGCUCCCUGGCCAUGGGUUACAGCCACCACAAGGGCCUCCUGGUGGGCAAGCUGGAGGUCUUCGUCUGCCUCCAGGGGGUAUGGUACAUCCCGGACAGCCUGGUGGCCCAUUCCUCAAUACUGCCUUGGCCCAGCAGCAACAGCAGCAGCAGCAGCAGCAGCAUUCUGGUGUGGCUGGAUCCUUGACUGGCCCCUCAGGGAGCUUCUUCCCUGGCAAUCUUGCUCUGCGAAGCCUUGGACCUGACUCAAGGCUUUUACAGGAAAGGCAACUACAGCUGCAGCAACAACGAAUGCAGCUGGCCCAGAAACUGCAGCAGCAGCAGCAACAGCAACAGCAACAGCAGCAGCAACACCUCUUAGGGCAGGUGGCAAUCCAACAGCAACAGGGUCCCGGAGUACAGAACCAGGCUCUGGGUCCCAAGCCUCAGGGCCUUCUGCCUCCAAGCAGCCACCAGGGCCUCCUGGUUCAACAGUUGUCCCCCCAGCAAUCACAGGGAUCCCAGGGCAUGCUGGGUUCUUCCCAGGUGGCAGUGCUGCAGCAGCAGCAGCAGCAGCAGCAGCAGCAGCAGCAGCAGCAGCAGCAGCAACACUCUGGAGCUUUGGGUCCUCAGGGCCCUCACAGACAGGUGCUUAUGACUCAGUCCAGGGUGCUGAGUUCCCCUCAGCUGGCACAGCAGGGUCACAGCCUUAUGGGACACCGGCUGCUCACAGCCCAGCAACAGCAACAACAGCAUCAACAACAGGGAUCUAUGACAGGGCUUUCCCAUCUUCAGCAAGGAAUGAUGUCACAUGGUGGACAGCCUAAAAUGAAUGCUCAGGCCUUGGGCUCCUUACAGCAGCAACAGCAGCAGCAACAACAGCAACAGCUGCAGCAGCAGCAGCAGCUGCACUUGCAGCAGCAGCUGCACCAGCAACAACAGCUGCAGCAACAGCAGCAGCUGCAGCUUCAACAACAACAGCUGCAGCAGCAGCAGCAGCAAAUAGGCUUCUUGAACCAGAAUCGAACUUUACUGUCUCCACAGCAGCAGCAGCAGCAGCAGCAGCAGCAACAGCCGCAGCAGCAGCAGCAGCAGCAGGUGACACUUGGCCCUGGCAUGCCAGGCAAGCCUCUUCAACACUUUUCUAGCCCUGGAGCCCUAGGCCCAUCCCUCCUCCUGACAGGCAAGGAACAAAACAUUGCAGAGACAACGCUUCCUUCAGAGAUCACUGAAGGACCCUCAUCACAUCAAGGAGGGCCACUAGCAGUGGGAACUACACCUGAGUCAGUGUCUAUUGAACCAGGGGAGGUAAAGCCCUCCAUUUCUGGAGACUCACAGCUCCUACUUGUUCAAUCCCAGGCCCAAUCUCAGCCCACCUCAAUGCAGCUGCAGCCACCACUAAGGCUCCCAGGACAACCCCAGCAGCAAGUUAAUACGCUCCACACAGCAGGUGGAGGAAACCAUGGGCAGCAACUAGGGAGUGGAUCCUCUUCUGAGGCCCCAUCUGUACCCCACUUGCUGGCCCAACCCUCUGUUUCCUUAGGGGAGCAGCCUGGACCUAUGGCCCAGAAUCUUCUGGCCUCCCAACAGCCCCUUGGGCUAGAUCGACCCAUUCAGAAUAACACAGGCCCACAGCCUCCCAAAUCAGGACCUGUCCCUCAGGCUGGGCAGGGUCUUCCUGGGGUUGGAGUCAUGCCUACAGUGGGUCAACUUCGAGCUCAGCUCCAAGGAGUCCUGGCCAAAAACCCACAGCUGCGACACCUGAGCCCUCAGCAGCAGCAGCAGCUGCAGGCACUCCUCAUGCAGCGGCAACUGCAGCAGAGUCAGGCAGUACGCCAGACUCCACCGUGCCAGGAGCCUGGGACCCAGCCCUCUCCCCUCCAGGGCCUCCUGGGCUGCCAACCUCAACCUGGGGUUUUCUCUGGAUCUCAGACAGGACCCCUCCAGGAGCUAGGGGCAGGGCCUCGACCUCAGGGCCCACCCCGGCUCCCUGUCCCACAAGGAGCCUUAUCUACAGGACCAGUGCUUGGCCCUGUCCAUCCCACACCUCCACCAUCCAGUCCCCAAGAGCCAAAGAGACCGUCACAGUUACCUUCCCCUAGUGCCCAGCUAACCCCCACCCAUCCAGGGACUCCAAAGCCCCAGGGGCCAACCUUGGAGCUACCUCCUGGGAGAGUCUCACCUGCUGCUGCAGAUACUUUCUUUGGCAAGGGGCUGGGACCUUGGGACCCCUCAGAGAACCCAACAGAAGUACAGAAGCCAGAGCAGAGCAGCCUGGUAACUGGGCACCUGGAGCAGGUGAAUGGACAGGUGGCACAGGAGCCAUCACAGCUUGGCAUCAAGCAGGAGCCUCGGGAGGAGCCGUGUGCCCUGGAUGCACAGGCAGUGAAAAGGGAGGCCACUGGGGAGCCACCUGGGACACCAGGCACCAGCAACCACCUUCUGCUAGCGGGCUCCCGCUCAGAAGCUGGGCAUCUGCUCUUGCAGAAGCUUCUACGGGCAAAGAAUGUACAACUUGGCACUGGGCGGGGUCCUGAGGGGCUUCGAGCUGAGAUCAAUGGCCAUAUUGACUGCAAGCUGUCAGGGCUGGAGCAGAAACUACAGGGUACUGCCAGCAGCAAAGAGGAUGCAGCCACAAGAAAGCCUCUGACUAUGAAGCCGAAGCGGGCACAGAAAACAAGCGACAGGUUGGUGAGCUCUCGAAAGAAGUUACGACAAGAAGGUGGAAUCAGGGCCAACGAGGCUUUAUUGAAACAGCUAAAGCAGGAACUGUCCCAGCUUCCCCUGAUGGAGCCUACCAUCACCGCCAAUUUUAGCCUCUUUGCUCCCUUUGGCAGUGGCUGCCUAGUCAGUGGGCAAAGCCAGCUCCAGGGGGCCUUUGGAAGUGGGGCUCUGCAUACCGGCCCUGACUACUAUUCUCAGCUGCUCACCAAGAAUAACCUGAGUAACCCGCCGACACCACCCUCGUCGCUGCCCCCCACCCCACCCCCAUCGGUGCAGCAGAAGAUGGUGAAUGGUGUUACUCCCUCUGACGAGCUGGGGGAACACCCCAAGGAUGCAGCCUCUGCCCAGGACCCUGAAGGAACAUUGAAGGAUGCCGCAGAGGUGAAGAGUUUAGACCUGCUGGCUGCUCUGCCUACACCCCCUCACAAUCAGACUGAAGAUGUCAGGAUGGAGAGUGAUGAGGACAGUGAUUCUCCGGAUAGCAUCGUGCCGGCGUCUUCCCCUGAGAGCAUCCUUGGGGAAGAGGCCCCUCGUUUCCCGCAGCUGGGCUCUAGCCGCUGGGAGCAAGACAACCGGGCCCUCUCUCCUGUCAUCCCCAUCAUCCCUCGUGCCAGCAUCCCUGUCUUCCCAGACACCAAACCUUAUGGGGUCCUUGGCCUGGAGGCCCCUGGAAAGCUGCCUGCUACAGCAUGGGAAAGGGGCAAAGGAAGUGAGGUGUCAGUCAUGCUGACCGUCUCUGCCGCCGCCGCCAAGAACCUGAAUGGUGUGAUGGUUGCAGUGGCAGAGCUACUAAGUAUGAAGAUACCCAAUUCCUAUGAGGUAUUGUUUCCAGACGGCCCUGCCCGGGCAGUCCUCGAGCCUAGGAAGGGGGAAGCCGAGGGUCCUGGUGGGAAAGAAAAAGGCUUGAGUGGCAAGGGCCCGGACACCGGUCCUGAUUGGUUAAAGCAGUUUGAUGCAGUGUUGCCUGGCUACACCCUCAAAAGCCAGUUAGACAUCUUGAGCCUCUUGAAGCAGGAGAGUCCUGCCCCAGAGCCAUCCAUCCAGCACAGCUACACCUACAAUGUCUCCAACCUGGACGUGAGGCAGCUCUCCGCCCCACCUCCUGAGGAACCUUCUCCACCUCCGUCCCCUUUGGUACCCUCUCCUGCCAGUCCCCCCACUGAGCCCAUGGUUGAACUUAAGGCUGAGCUCCCUGCUGAGCCACCAGUCCCUUCACCUCUACCACUGGCCUCAUCCCCUGAACCUGCUCGGCCUAAACCCAGAGCCCGGCCCCCUGAAGAGAGUGAAGAUUCCCGCCCGCCACGUCUCAAAAAGUGGAAGGGGGUACGUUGGAAGCGGCUGAGGCUGCUGCUGACCAUCCAGAAGGGCAGUGGGCGACAAGACGAUGAACGGGAGGUGGCAGAGUUUAUGGAGCAGCUUGGUACAGCCUUGAGACCGAACAAGGUGCCUCGAGACAUGCGACGAUGCUGCUUCUGUCAUGAAGAGGGAGAUGGUGCCACUGAUGGGCCCGCCCGCCUGCUCAACCUCGACCUGGACCUCUGGGUUCACCUCAACUGUGCCCUGUGGUCCACAGAAGUGUACGAGACCCAGGGUGGGGCACUGAUGAACGUGGAGGUUGCCCUGCACCGAGGAUUGCUAACCAAGUGCUCCCUGUGCCAGCGAACUGGUGCCACUAGCAGCUGCAAUCGCAUGCGCUGCCCCAAUGUCUACCACUUUGCCUGUGCCAUCCGUGCUAAGUGCAUGUUCUUCAAGGACAAAACUAUGCUGUGUCCAAUGCACAAGAUGAAGGGGCCCUGUGAGCAGGAGCUGAGCUCAUUUGCUGUCUUCCGGAGGGUGUACAUUGAACGGGAUGAGGUAAAGCAGAUCGCCAGCAUCAUCCAGCGGGGGGAGCGGCUACACAUGUUCCGAGUAGGAGGGCUUGUGUUCCAUGCCAUUGGACAGCUGCUCCCACACCAGAUGGCUGACUUCCACAGUGCCACUGCCCUUUACCCUGUGGGCUACGAGGCCACCCGCAUCUACUGGAGCCUUCGUACCAAUCAUCGCCGCUGCUGCUACCGCUGUUCCAUCAGCGAGAAUAAUGGACGGCCCGAGUUUGUGAUCAAAGUCAUGGAACAGGGCUUAGAGGAUCUGGUCUUCACUGAUGCGUCUCCCCAAGCUGUGUGGAACCGCAUUAUUGAGCCUGUAGCUGCCAUGAGAAAAGAAGCCGACAUGCUGAGGCUCUUCCCCGAGUACCUGAAAGGCGAAGAGCUCUUUGGGCUGACCGUGCAUGCUGUACUUCGCAUAGCUGAAUCGCUACCUGGGGUGGAGAGCUGUCAGAACUAUUUAUUCCGCUAUGGGCGCCACCCUCUGAUGGAGCUGCCACUCAUGAUCAAUCCCACCGGCUGUGCCAGAUCAGAACCUAAAAUCCUCACACACUACAAACGGCCCCAUACCUUGAACAGCACCAGCAUGUCUAAGGCAUAUCAGAGCACCUUCACAGGCGAGACCAACACCCCAUACAGCAAGCAGUUUGUGCACUCCAAGUCAUCUCAGUACCGGCGCCUGCGCACCGAGUGGAAGAACAAUGUUUACCUGGCUCGCUCCCGGAUCCAGGGCCUAGGGCUCUAUGCAGCCAAGGACCUAGAAAAGCACACGAUGGUCAUCGAGUACAUUGGCACCAUCAUUCGCAACGAGGUGGCCAAUCGGCGGGAGAAAAUCUAUGAGGAGCAGAACCGAGGCAUCUACAUGUUCCGGAUAAACAAUGAGCAUGUGAUUGAUGCUACGCUGACUGGAGGCCCUGCCAGGUACAUUAACCACUCCUGUGCCCCUAACUGCGUAGCAGAGGUUGUAACAUUUGACAAGGAGGACAAAAUCAUCAUCAUCUCCAGCCGCCGAAUCCCCAAAGGAGAGGAGCUGACCUAUGACUAUCAGUUUGAUUUUGAGGACGAUCAGCACAAGAUCCCCUGUCACUGUGGAGCCUGGAACUGUAGGAAAUGGAUGAACUAAGAAGCAGCUUUGAGGCUACCAGGCAGGGGCAAGCCCCCCACCCCCACCUCUUCCCUGAAAGGGAGGAGGUGGAAGAGAGGUAGCAGCCAGAGCCAGGACCCAGGGCUGGGGCUGCCGGCCAACCGGAGCCCCUGGAGCAGGAGGCUGGGGCGGAGGACCCUAGGCCAAGCCUACCCUGGGCACCAGGGACGACCUUCUUCCCUGCCACCGGCCCUUAGGCUGGCAUCUGCCCCCAGCUUCAGGAGGGGACAGACAGAAGCAGCCGCUGGGCAUCUCAGGUUUGAGGGGGAUGUGGGCCGGGAACUACCCAGAAGUGUCUGGGAGGCAGCAGGGAGCAGGGAGGAGGAGGUGUGGCUGGGCCUCACAGCUCUGCUGCCUCCACCCACCUCUCUGGCCCAACUCAAGGCUGCAAAGAGACUUGACUAAGCUUGACAAUCCCAAAGGCCGGGUCCCAUGCCUGGCCCUGCCUGCCGGGUCCUGCCCCUCCCCUCCCCCCUCCCCUCCCUCUCUAUCUGUCUCUGUCUCCCUCUUUCCCUCUGUGUUUCUGUCUCUCUAUGGGUUGUGUUUCCUUGUUUUCCACUCUGACAAAUGCAACAUGACGGGAAAGAGGCAUCCAGAUGCCCAGGAGGGCAAGCUGGGCAAGGAGACCCCGCACCCACACCUACCUCAUUUAAGUGUUGGAUUUUUUGCUGUUUUGAAAUGUGAGACCCUCUCCAAGCCCCCUACUGCCCCGACUCUCCCUCACCUCACUGCCCUCUUCGAGUGGGUGGAAGGAGGGCAGGAGAAGGAAAACAACAACAAUAACAACAACAAAAUCCAUCUUUGUUUUUAAUUAUGGGCAUGGGAUGGUGGUUGAGGCAAAUGGUGAUGAAGAUUGGGGAUGGAUGACUGGUCCAUAGUUGCUCUAGAACUUCUUUCUCCAUCUGGACAUGGAGGCAGGAGGGGUGUGCUAAACCUAGGACCAGGAUCUCUCUCUCCUGUUUUCCCAGCCUCAACCUGGGCCCAUUUGCCCCCCAGCCCCUGGAUGGGGUGUGGGGGUGGGGUGAGGGCUAUCCCUGAGGGGCAUGCCCAUACCCAAUGAGGCAGGGUGUGGCCCAGAGCUCUCACUUUCCCUCAGUCACCAAACUGCUGCUGGUCUGGUGGGAAUGGGUGGUGAUGUGGGGGUGGGGAGCUUAGUGUCAGCGCGGGGAGGGUGGGGGGUAUUUAUCUAUUUAUACAUGGGGUUGUACAUAGUCUUGUGGGGCACGGGGGAGCCGGCUGGAGGUGAGAACCCUCCCCUCUCCCCCACCCCCGGGGAGAGCAAAUGUAAAACUACUAAUUUUUGUGCUUUAUAUAUUCUAUAUAAAUAUAUCUAUUUUCUUUUUACAAAACCAGUUUAUAAAUGGUAGGGGGGUGUGGGGCGGACACUUGGAGCUCCCCUUGUGGGGGGGCCCCCUCCACUACCCAACCUACCGCCCUUUCCUCACCCCCCCUCCCCACCCCCUGGCUAUGACUGCUGUAAGGUGGGGGUAUAGAGAGAAGCUGGGUGAGUGUCACCCCAGUUGUAUAGUUGGACUAUGUUACAACGCACAAAAGUGAGCUGGCCCCAGGGGGACCCCCAUCUUCCUUCUUCCUUCCUUUUUCUGCCCACGCUUGUGCUGCAGUUGAACCUCUUCCUGCGGUGGUGGUAGGGUGGAGGGGGUGUGAGGCCUCAGACCCCUCUCUGGUAAAGAGCGAGGGGAUGAAAAUGAAGCUUAUAUGCAGUUCUCUCCUAGGGGCUGUGGGCAAAGGGCAUUUUGUAAUUAAUAUUUUCAAGAACCAGAUUCUCUGGAUGGUGGCAGAUGGGCAGGCCUGCUGGAGGGGAGCACGGUUGCUGUUGUGAUUUUAGGUUUCUGUUUUGUUUUAAAUUUGGGGGAUUGUGGAUUGAUGGGGGUAGGGAGGUUUUUUGUUUUGUUUUUGUUUUUGUUUUUUUCUGGCCUUUUUUU